CAGACGCGAGUGCGGGGCUCGGAGAUGGAGCGGUGGUCCUUCAGGUGGAAGACGAAACGGUGGCUCUGGGAUCUCACCGUAACAACCCUCGCGCUCACUUUCCUCUUCCAGCCCCGAGAGGUCAGAGGAGCCGCUCCAGUUGAUGUACUAAAAGCUCUAGAUUUUCAUAAUUCCCCAGAGGGGAUAUCGAAAACAACAGGCUUCUGCACAAACAGAAAGAAUUCAAAAGGGUCAGAUACUGCUUACAGAGUUUCAAAGCACGCACAGCUCAGUGCUCCUACAAAACAGUUAUUUUCAGGAGGAACUUUCCCAGAAGAUUUUUCAAUAUUAUUUACAGUAAAACCCAAAAAAGGAAUUCAGUCUUUCCUUUUGUCUAUAUAUAAUGAACAUGGUAUUCAGCAAAUCGGCGUCGAGGUCGGGAGGUCGCCUGUGUUCCUGUUUGAAGACCACACUGGGAAACCCGCCCCGGAAGACUACCCCCUGUUCAGGACUGUGAACCUCGCCGAUGGGAAGUGGCAUCGGGUAGCCAUCAGCGUGGAGAAGAAGACGGUGACAAUGAUUGUGGACUGUAAGAAGAAAGCCACAAAACCACUGGAUAGAAGCGAGAGCUCAAUCGUUGACACCCAUGGCAUCACGGUUUUUGGAACGAGGAUUUUGGAUGAAGAAGUGUUUGAGGGGGACAUCCAGCAGUUGUUGAUCAUCGGUGACCCCAAAGCCGCCUACGACUACUGCGAGCAUUACAGUCCGGACUGUGAUUCCUCGGUGCCCAAGGCCGCGCAGGCGCAGGAGCCGCAGAUCGACGAGAAAAAGAAAUCCAAUUUCAGAAAGAAGACGAAGACAGUGGCCGCUAACUCAAAGGAAAAGGCCAAAAAGCUUACACCCCCUAAAUCUGAAACAUUUGCAUCCAAGAAGAAGAAAAGUUAUCAAGCAGCGGCAAAAACCAAACUAGGGGCCCAGGCCAAUAUCGUGGAGGAUUUUCAAGAAUACAACUAUGGAACCAUGGAAAGUUACCAGACAGAAGCUCCUAGGCGUGUGUCGGGAACAAAUGAGCCCAACCCAGCUGAAGAAGUAUUUACUGAAGAGUAUCUAACUGGAGAGGAUUAUGAUUCUCAGAGGAGGAACCGCGAGGAGACACUGUACGAAAACAAAGAAAUAGACGGCAGGGACUCUGACCUUCUGGUAGAUGGAGAUUUAGGCGAAUACGAUUUUUAUGACUAUAAAGAAUAUGAAGAUAAACAGACAAGCCCCACUAAUGAAGAAUUUGGCCCAGGUGUCCCGGCCGAAACAGAUAUUACAGAAACGAGCGUAACCGGCCAUGGCGCGUAUGGGGAAAAGGGCCAGAAGGGGGAACCGGCGGUGGUGGAGCCGGGCAUGCUAAUUGAGGGACCACCAGGACCAGCAGGACCUGCGGGUAUUAUGGGCCCGCCAGGUCUCCAAGGCCCCUCUGGCCCCCCUGGGGACCCUGGCGAGAGGGGCCCUCCAGGACGUCCUGGCCUGCCCGGGGCCGACGGGCUACCUGGUCCCCCAGGGACCAUGUUAAUGUUACCGUUUCGUUAUGGCGGUGACGGCUCCAAAGGACCGACCAUCUCUGCCCAGGAAGCGCAGGCGCAGGCGAUCCUUCAGCAGGCGCGGAUCGCGCUGCGAGGCCCGCCUGGCCCGAUGGGUCUGACCGGAAGACCAGGCCCUGUGGGGGUGCCUGGCUUAUCAGGGGCCAAAGGGGAGAGUGGUGACCCGGGUCCUCAGGGUCCACGUGGUGUCCAAGGUCCGCCUGGCCCAACGGGAAAAGCUGGAAAGAGGGGUCGACCGGGGGCUGAUGGAGGAAGAGGAAUGCCAGGAGAACCUGGGGCAAAGGGGGAUAGAGGAUUCGAUGGACUUCCGGGUCUCCCAGGAGACAAAGGCCACAGGGGUGAACGAGGUCCCCAGGGCCCGCCCGGUCCUCCUGGAGAAGAUGGAAUGAGGGGAGAAGACGGAGAGAUUGGACCCAGGGGUCUUCCAGGUGAAGCUGGUCCUCGGGGUUUGCUGGGGCCAAGGGGCAGCCCGGGACCUGCGGGGCAGCCGGGUAUCGCAGGGAUCGAUGGCCCCCAAGGACCGAAGGGGAACAUGGGCCCCCAAGGGGAGCCGGGACCGCCCGGUCAACAGGGGAACCCAGGGCCGCAGGGUCUCCCUGGUCCGCAAGGUCCCAUCGGUCCUCCGGGCGAGAAGGGACCACAAGGAAAACCAGGGCUUUCGGGACUCCCUGGAGCUGAUGGGCCUCCUGGUCAUCCUGGAAAAGAAGGCCCAUCUGGAGAUAAGGGUGCUGUGGGUCCUCCUGGUCCGCAGGGUCCUAUUGGCUAUCCCGGCCCCAGAGGAGUGAAGGGAGCGGAUGGUGUCCGAGGUCUCAAAGGCUCCAAAGGUGAAAAGGGUGAAGAUGGUUUUCCAGGAUUCAAAGGUGACAUGGGUCUCAAGGGUGACAGAGGAGAAGUCGGCCAAAUGGGCCCCAGAGGAGAAGACGGCCCUGAAGGCCCCAAAGGUCGAGCGGGCCCCACCGGAGACCCUGGUCCUUCUGGCCAAGCAGGAGAGAAGGGGAAGCUUGGCGUUCCAGGAUUGCCAGGAUACCCAGGGAGACAAGGUCCAAAGGGUUCCACUGGAUUUCCCGGAUUUCCUGGUGCCAAUGGAGAGAAAGGUGCACGGGGCGUGGCUGGCAAACCAGGCCCCCGUGGUCAGCGUGGUCCCACGGGUCCCCGAGGUUCAAGAGGUGCCAGAGGCCCCACAGGGAAACCGGGUGCAAAGGGCACGGCAGGCGGUGACGGCCCCCCUGGACCUCCCGGGGAGAGAGGUCCUCAAGGACCACAGGGCCCAGUUGGAUUCCCAGGACCGAAAGGCCCUCCUGGACCACCCGGGAAGGACGGUCUACCAGGACACCCAGGUCAACGUGGAGAGACGGGGUUCCAAGGCAAGACCGGCCCCCCUGGGCCAGGAGGCGUGGUUGGGCCACAGGGGCCCACCGGCGAGACGGGCCCCCUAGGUGAACGAGGACACCCAGGCCCUCCCGGGCCUCCUGGUGAGCAAGGCCUUCCCGGUGCUGCGGGGAAAGAAGGCGCAAAGGGCGACCCAGGUCCUCAAGGAGUCCCAGGGAAGGACGGCCCGGCAGGACUCCGAGGUUUCCCAGGUGAAAGAGGUCUUGCUGGAGCUCAGGGUGCACCUGGACUGAAAGGAGGAGAGGGUCCCCAGGGUCCACCCGGCCCAGUUGGUUCGCCAGGAGAACGAGGAGCAGCAGGAACAGCGGGCCCCAUCGGAUUGCCAGGGCGCCCGGGACCCCAGGGCCCUCCUGGUCCGGCUGGAGAAAAGGGCGCACCCGGAGAAAAAGGCCCCCAGGGCCCUGCGGGCAGAGAUGGGGUGCAGGGCCCCGUGGGUCUCCCCGGGCCAGCCGGACCUGCGGGCUCCCCUGGAGAGGACGGCGACAAGGGCGAGAUUGGUGAACCUGGACAAAAAGGCAGCAAGGGCGACAAAGGAGAAAAUGGUCCUCCUGGCCCCCCAGGUCUGCAGGGUCCUGUCGGUGCCCCCGGAAUUGCUGGAGGUGACGGUGAGCCAGGUCCCCGAGGUCAACAGGGGAUGUUUGGACAGAAAGGUGAUGAGGGGGCAAGAGGGUUCCCAGGACCUCCUGGUCCCAUCGGUCUGCAGGGUCUGCCGGGCCCGCCUGGUGAAAAGGGUGAAAAUGGGGAUGUCGGCCCCAUGGGUCCACCUGGUCCUCCAGGCCCGAGAGGUCCCCAGGGCCCCAGCGGAGCUGACGGACCACAAGGGCCUCCAGGAUCCAUUGGUUCAGUUGGCGGAGUAGGAGAUAAGGGUGAACCUGGGGAGGCAGGAAACCCAGGGCCUGCUGGGGAAGCCGGCCCAGGGGGACCCAAAGGAGAAAGAGGAGAGAAGGGUGAAGCUGGGCCCCCUGGCGCUGCUGGACCCCCCGGUGCCAAGGGACCACCAGGUGAUGACGGCCCUAAGGGCAACCCGGGUCCUGUUGGUUUUCCUGGAGACCCCGGGCCUCCAGGGGAACCUGGCCCUUCGGGUCAAGAUGGCGUUAGCGGUGACAAGGGUGAAGAUGGAGACCCUGGUCAGCCGGGUCCGCCUGGCCCAUCUGGUGAGGCCGGCCCACCAGGUCCUCCUGGAAAAAGGGGUCCUCCGGGAGCGGCAGGUGCAGAAGGCCGACAAGGUGAAAAAGGCGCCAAGGGAGAAGCAGGCGCCGAAGGUCCUGCUGGGAAAACUGGCCCCGUUGGUCCUCAGGGACCUGCCGGAAAGCCAGGUCCAGAGGGUUUGCGGGGUAUCCCUGGGCCCGUGGGAGAGCAAGGCCUACCCGGAGCAGCAGGCCAGGACGGGCCGCCCGGCCCUUUGGGUCCCCCUGGAUUACCUGGCCUCAAAGGCGACCCCGGCUCCAAGGGUGAGAAGGGGCACCCUGGUUUAAUUGGCCUGAUCGGGCCUCCGGGGGAACAAGGGGAGAAGGGUGACAGGGGUCUCCCAGGAACCCAAGGAUCUCCAGGCGCCAAGGGCGACGGGGGAAUUCCAGGUCCUGCCGGUCCCAUCGGGCCACCAGGCCCUCCAGGUUUACCGGGUCCUCAAGGCCCCAAGGGCAACAAAGGCUCCACAGGACCUGCUGGCCAGAAGGGUGACGGUGGUCUUCCCGGGCCUCCUGGGCCACCAGGUCCCCCUGGGGAAGUCAUCCAGCCUUUGCCAAUCUUGUCACCCAAAAAAACAAGAAGACACACUGAGGGCAUGCAGGCAGAUGCCGGUGAUAAUAUCCUUGACUACUCGGAUGGAAUGGAGGAAAUUUUCGGCUCCCUCAACUCCUUGAAACAGGACAUCGAGCACAUGAAGUUUCCGAUGGGCACGCAGACCAACCCCGCCCGGACGUGCAGAGACCUACAGCUGAGCCACCCCGACUUCCCAGAUGGUGAAUAUUGGAUCGAUCCUAACCAAGGUUGCUCCGGGGACUCCUUCAAGGUUUACUGUAACUUCACAUCCGGGGGUGAGACGUGCAUUUAUCCAGACAAAAAGUCUGAGGGCGUAAGGAUUUCAUCGUGGCCAAAGGAGAAACCAGGGAGCUGGUUUAGUGAAUUUAAGAGAGGAAAACUGCUCUCCUACUUGGACAUGGAAGGCAAUUCCAUUAACAUGGUGCAGAUGACGUUCCUGAAGCUGCUGACGGCCUCGGCCCGGCAGAAUUUCACCUACCACUGCCAUCAGUCGGUGGCCUGGUACGACGUGUCAUCGGGGAGCUAUGACAAAGCGCUGCGGUUCCUGGGGUCCAAUGACGAGGAGAUGUCCCACGACAACAGCCCUUACAUCAGAGCGCUGUCCGACGGCUGCGCGUCCAGAAAAGGAUAUGAAAAGACUGUGAUCGAAAUCAAUACACCGAAAAUUGAUCAAGUGCCUAUCGUUGACGUAAUGAUUAAUGACUUUGGUGAUCAGAAUCAGAAGUUUGGAUUCGAAGUCGGUCCUGUUUGUUUCCUUGGCUAAGAUUAGGACAAACAACACACGAAAUCAACAGGAAAUAUACCUUGGUGCCACCAACCCAUUUUGUGCCACAUACAAGCUUUGAGUAAGGAUGGUAUAGAAAACAACUCGUUACAUAUGUAUGUACCGGUUAGGAAACACAGGCGCCCUUGGCGGGGCGGAAUCACGUGACAGGAGCUUUGAAAAUCAUUUAAAAAUAAGGUAAUGUGGCUGAGAUGGAAACGAGCUUUAUUCUUGAUUCCCAAUGUUCAUCUCUCCUUUCCCCAUUUGGAUUUCUUUGGUGCUGUAGAAAA